AUGGUCAUCGCCACAGACUACAACUCCGCCUCGGCGACCAUCACGGUCCCGGCCAGCAAGAAACAAGAGACGGCGGCGGCCGCCGCGCCUCUGGUCCCGAAGCCCGCCGGCCCUAACAAGCUCUUCUCCAAGGAGGGCGUCACGUACGGCGACUUCCGCGAUGACCUCCUCCGCGACGGCUACGUCGUCGUCAAGGGCGCCAUCCCCCGCGAGAGAGCGGACAAGUACGGCGACGAGAUGAUGUCCUACCUCGAAAACUUCGCCGGCGGCCUCGGCUUCGACCGCAACGACCCCAGCACCGUCAAAGAAUCCAACCUCCCCAUCAUCACCGAGAAGGGCAUGUGCCUCGGCUACGGCAUCGCCCACGAGUCCUUCACCUGGUCCGUCCGCCAGGAGCCCGGCGUCGUCUCCGCCUUCGAGACCGUCUACGACACCCCCGACCUCAUCGUCUCCUUCGACGCCGUCAACAUGGCCUUCCCCAACCGGCCCGACGUCGCCCCCAACAAGCCCUGGCCCCACCAGGACCAGGACCCCGAGAAGCCCGGCUUCCGCUGCCUCCAGGGGCUGGUCAACAUCCUCCCCAACGGGCCCCGCGACGGCGGGCUCAUCGUCUGCAAGGGGGCCCACCUCCUCAGCGAGGAGUUCCACGAGGCGUUCCGCGACGAGCCGGACCGCAUCUGGGCGUGGACGAAGGAGUGGUACGGGUUUACCGAGGCCGGGAUGAAGUGGCUGGCGGAGAAGGGGUGCGAGUGGGUCAAGAUCGACGCGGAGCCCGGGGACCUGUUGCUGUGGGACAGCCGGACGCCGCAUUACAACCUUAGCCCGGAGGGCGAGGGCCCGCGGUUCUGCGUGUACACGUGUUACAUGCCGGUCGCGGAGGCGAGCCAGGAGGACCUGGUCAGGAAGAAGGGGGCUUUCGAUAACCUGCAGAGCACGACGCACUGGCCGAACGCGAUGCACGUCGGUGGGAUUCCCGUGAAGAGGGGCGGGGAGCCGUGUCCGUAUAACACGGGCAAGCCGAGGAGCGCGCCGAGGUUGACGGAGAGGGGGUACAGGUUGACCGGGAUUCCGUAUAUUCAGGGGGCGCCGAUUGAGGCGUAG